AGCCAUAUCCACAUCCCCACAACACUGACCCCCUAUUUAUUCAAUCAAUCUCCCUCCCUCCCACGCACAAACAUCCAAAACUCACCCUUUUUUACAUGCAUUCUUCACCAACAAAUCAUCAGAUCUUCGCAUAACCACCCUCAUCUACGUGUACAAACACAUAUAACUACAUUUUCCAGACAUGGGAGGAUCUCCUUUGCUGAAAACACUGUUCCUGGUGGUGCUUUUGUGUGCUUCUUUCACUGCUGGGAAGUCGUCGUCGUCGGACUUUGUUCCCUCGGAGUAUUUGGGAGUUCCGGCGUCGGAGUUUGUGGGGACUGUGAGGUCUACUAUAAACAUAAUCGGGCAGGUUAUUUCGAUGGUGUCGCAGUUCGCCGGAGGGUUCGGUGACUUCCGGCUGACGAAUGCAAUUUCCGACUGCCUUGAUUUGAUGGAUCUCUCGAUGGACCAGUUGAGCUGGACGCUCUCUGUAUCUCAGAAUCCGAAUGGCAAAGACAAUAGCACCGGCAACGUGGGUGCUGACAUGAAAACGUGGCUGAGUGGAGCACUCAUCAAUCAAGAUACCUGCAAGGAAGGCCUUGAUGGCACAAACAGCAUUGUCAAGAAUUUGAUUGCUGGCAGCCUAGACCAAGUGACCUCAUUAGUAUAUGAUAUUCUUUCCAAUGUGAAGACAACUCCGACUACCCCACCUAAGGGUUCCCCGUCUAGCGGCCCUGGUGGUGGUAAGGGAAGCGGCAGUGGUGGUGGUGGCGGUGGACGUGGUGGUAGGAAACUUAUUGCUGAUGAUCAUCAGUUUCCGAAGUGGUUGAGGUCCCAUGACCGGAAUCUCCUCCAGGCUGCCAACGGCGCCAUGGCGGACGUGGUGGUUGCAGCUGAUGGCACGGGGAAUUUCACUAGCAUCAAGGAUGCUGUUCAGGCAGCUCCUGAGUACAGCACCAGAAGAUUUGUUAUAUAUCUUAAGAGAGGCGUUUACAAGGAGUAUGUGGAGAUUAGUAAGAAAAAAUGGAACAUUAUGAUGAUUGGAGAUGGCGUCAAUGUUACAGUCAUUUCUGGCAAUCGCAACUUUAUCGAUGGCUGGACCACUUACCGCUCUGCGACAUUUGCCGUUAAAGGACAAGGAUUCAUAGCACGGGACAUAACAUUCGAGAACACGGCAGGCCCCGAAAAGCACCAGGCCGUUGCCUUCCGGUCCGACUCCGACCUGUCAGUUCUAUACCGUUGUUCCAUCAGGGGAUACCAGGACACAUUGUACGCCCACUCCCAGCGCCAGUUCUACAGGGAAUGCAUAAUCACCGGGACUGUCGACUUCAUAUUCGGAGAUGGUGCCGUUGUAUUCCAGAACUGCCAAAUCCAGGCCCGGAAAGGCCUCCCCAAUCAGAAAAACACGAUCACAGCUCAGGGUCGAAAAGAACCUGUCGAAAACACAGGCUUUUCCAUCCAAUUCUGCAACAUCUCAGCUGAGCCCGGCGUAUCGAAUUCCACCCAGACAUACCUUGGUAGGCCCUGGAAACUGUAUUCUCGCACUGUUAUCAUGCAGUCGUACAUUAGCAACGCUGUGAGGCCCGAGGGGUGGCUAGAGUGGAACGGGGAUUUCGCAUUGAACACGCUGUUCUAUGGUGAGUAUAUGAACUACGGCCCAGGUUCUGGCUUGGGGGCCCGUGUUAAAUGGCCCGGUUACCGUGUCUUUAAUAGCUCCGCUGAAGCAAAUAACUUCACGGUGUCUCAGUUCAUUAUUGGGAAUACCUGGUUGCCUUCGACGGGAGUCAGGUACACGGCGGGCCUCGGAGUUUGAGGGCCAAAAUUUUCUAAGGGAGAAAAGAUGAUUAUUUCCACUAUAUAGAUACAUAGUGUUUGUUUUUUAGGUGAGGGGAGUUGAUAUUAAAUUUUUCACGGUCUUAUGCAUGGGGCUUUCUUUUUUCUUUUUUAUUUUUAUGGUGGGAGUGGGUGGGCGCUUAUGUUUGGAUGAAAAUAUGCAGUUGGGAAACAAUUUGUGUUUAAUCAUUGCCUUGAUUGCUUGUUUAACUAAUUAUCCAGUCAUUAUUACUAUGAUGGAGGGCAUUUUCAA